CACAGUGUUCAGUUCUAUUUGGAUACGAUACGGUUUUAACAAGGGACGAUGAAUAAUAUACAGUUGAUUAUUGAAUCGUUAUUAUUUAUUUUAUUUGUACAAAACAAUAUAGCUCAGUCGGAUGAUGUUUACUACGUUGCGAAUUUCAAUGACGAAGUAAAGGACUGUGAUGGCUUCCAAAAUGAUUUUUUCAAAUGUAAUUCCUUAACAGUUGGUAUUAUAAAUGGGGAGUCAGAUGGAGAAGACAGUCUAGGUCUCUCUGGAAGGCUAGACCUGUUAGCCGAUAUAACUGAUGAGUAUUCGAUCGAUUUAAAAGUGUGGAAGGAAACGGAUUUGGCUAAAGAAUUUAUGUAUACAGUAGCAGGGAAUCUUUGUGGGAGUUUAAAAAAAAAGGACACGCCUUGGUGGCCAUUAGUACAAGGUCUUAAGGCUACGGAAUGUCCUAUAAAAACGGCCGAGUAUCCCAUUGAGAAUAUGGCUAUGUCACUUGAUUUUGCGAAGGACGUCCUACGUCAUGAGUUCGUUGGUGACUAUGAGAUACAAUUAUCUAUCUUAGACUUAACAGAAACCCAACUGUCUUGCCAUAUCAUAUCCGUGGGCAUAACAGAGAAAACGAAAGGAUAAUAUUCGUAUGCCACAAGUUUUCAUUAUGUUAAGAGUGUGUUCUGUAAUAAAUUACAUUUGGAUUAUA